AUGAGCAAAAUCGCCGAACUGGUUGGUUCUGGUGAUGUGGACCCUUCAAAGCCGGUACUCGAACAACCUGGCGGACCACCACAGAAGAUCAUUCGAGAACUGUUGAGCCGAGAUGAUGAGGUACGUGUAGCGUUACUACCGUAG